AGCACGGAGCCCUGUUCGUUUGCCCGGCGCGCGCGCGACCGCUCGAUUGAUCGAAUCGAGAUCUAUCAACGGUUGGACCGAUACAUCGAUUAACGGCAAUUAAUGCUCGUUUCGUAUCGGUUGUCUCGCCUCGUCUGGUUCCGUACCAUCGGGGCGUACUCGUCGCCGGCGUGCGAACCUUUGCUGGCUCGCUCGCAAAUUGCCGAGCACACGAUUGCUCGAGGUUGAUCCUCUCUCUGCAUCUCGUGUUUCUCCUUUUUCCUGUCCGGCGCCGCAGUUCUUCUUUGGCAGCGGACAACAGUCGCGAAACGGUCAACGCGCCUUCACCGCCGCCGCCGCCACCACCACCACCAUCAUCGUCACUGCCGUUACCAUUGCUACCCAUCAUCGUCAGUGACAACGACGGCCACGGGCGACGUUUGGUGUCUCUUUUUAACUGUCCCUCGGCUACGUUCACCCUCCGAGUUCCGGCGUAGCGUUUCAAGAUGUUACUUUCGAGCGCCUGGUUCGAAGUUAUCGCAGCGGCGCUCUUGGCGAUAUUGAUACUUGCCACCGGCUAUCGACCUGCCUGGUGGUUCUGGACCGGAACCUGUCACAAGACAAACGCAGCCACCGUCCAAGAGAAACAGCAAAGAAAAUUUCAAACGGUGUCGGACGUACCAGGACCCUAUUCUCUACCGAUCCUUGGAACCAGGUGGAUAUUUUCUUGUUUCGGAUACUAUCGACUGAAUAAGGUUCACGAUGCUUACAAAGAUCUGAAUCAACGAUACGGGCCGGUGUGCAAAGAAGAGGCAUUAUGGAACUUCCCCGUGAUCUCGGUGUUUUCCCGACGCGACAUCGAAGCCGUCUUCAAACGAAGCUCGAGAUACCCGCUUCGUCCUCCGCAGGAGGUCAUAUCCCACUACCGUCGCAGUCGUCGCGAUCGUUACACGAACCUUGGUUUAGUCAACGAACAGGGGCAAGCGUGGCACGAUCUUCGGACCGCUCUUACGUCAGAGCUGACCGGGGCCAGUACCGUCCUUGGCUUCUUCCCAGCGCUCAACAUCGUCGCCGACUCGUUCAUCGAUUUAAUUCGUCGACGAAGGACGGGGCACAAAGUGGCGGGUUUCGAAGAACUCGCCUACAAAAUGGGACUCGAAAGUACCUGCACGCUGAUCUUGGGACGUCAUCUCGGUUUCCUCAAGCCGGAUUCUAACAGCUCGGUCACGAUGAGAUUAGCGGAAGCUGUCCGGGUUCACUUCACCGCAUCGCGCGACGCCUUUUACGGCUUGCCGCUUUGGAAGUGGCUGCCAACGUCCGCUUACAAACAGCUGAUCGAGAGCGAGGACGCUAUAUACAAUAUAAUUUCAGACAUCGUCGACGCUACGAUACAGGAGAAGCGCGACGAUGCUAAAGACGAAUCGGUGGAAGCGAUCUUUCAGUCGAUUCUACGGCAAAAGAGUCUCGACGUGCGAGACAAAAAGGCGGCCAUCGUAGACUUCAUAGCGGCAGGCAUUCACACGCUCGGCAACACUCUGGUGUUUCUGUUCGAUUUGAUCGGGCGCAAUCCAAAGGUGCAAGCCGAUCUGUACGAGGAGGCGUGCUCGUUGGCGCCACCUGGCUGCGAUCUAACGAUCGAGGAUUUACGGAAAGCCAAGUAUCUGCGUGCCUGCAUCACCGAAUCGUUUCGAGUAAUUCCCACGACAACUUGUGUCGCUCGCAUUUUGGACGAACCCAUUGAGCUAAGCGGAUAUCAUCUUACCGCGGGAACAGUGGUUAUUUUGCAUACUUGGAUCGCCGGUUUGAACGAAGAGAAUUUCAAAGAUGCCGCCAAUUAUUUGCCCGAUAGAUGGCUGAAGCCUGUCACGCCGCAUUCGCCAUUGUUGGUCGCGCCUUUCGGAACCGGUAGAAGGAUAUGCCCGGGUAAACGUUUCGUGGAACUUGCAUUGCAGCUUAUUCUGGCAAAGAUUAUACGGGAAUUUGAGAUUGUUGUGGACGAGGACCUUGGUUUACAAUUUGAAUUCAUCUUAGCACCGCAGAGUCCGGUGCUCCUUGGAUUCCGUGAUCGUUCUUAGACAAUAUAACCUCGUUGUUCGUGCACG